UUUCUUUAUAAAAAUGGACAAAAUACAGUAAAUUCAGUAGGAAAUAAAAUUAUCUAUGUACCACGGGAAUUAUCAGGUGUUAAUACCCACGGGCAAUUGCCGUGGAGUAUUAACACCCUCAUAAUUCCCUUUCCCUUGAUACACAAAUAACUAUUAACUUUUGGAGUGAUCUGUGCCCUGUCCAUCUGGGUGCUUUUCCGUAUUUUACAUACAACGAAUACUACUCCAACAAGACUCCAACUUUGGCUUUGCGAAAACGCCUUAAGAAUCUGUAAACUGUAAACAAAUAAGGGACCUUGACAUAACCUCAAACAGCAAAAUUUCCUGUCUUGUAAUCAUUCCUCUGCUUCCUUUCUUCUCCCAAAAAAAAAACUUUUAAUUCUCAUUCUUUCUCAAACAAAGUUAUAAAUCACAAACAAAAUUAUGAUCUCCCUCCUCAUUCUUCUGUUUUGUACUAUUCAAAUUUCAAAUUCUUUGGAGCGAAGCCUCACUGUGAAUGUUGAACCCCAAAGAGAAGACUGCUUUUUCCAAACUCUAGAAGAACACGAUCAACUGGAAAUUGAAUACCAAGUAAUUGAUGGGGGACACGGUGAUUUAGAUAUAUCUUUUAAUCUUAUUGAGCCAAGAGGAAGAGUUCUUGUUGCUGAUUUUAAGAAGACUGAGAAAAGCCAUAACAUUGAUAUACAGCAAACCGGCGACUACAAGUUUUGCUUUGAUAAUACUUUCAGUUCGUUUAAUACGAAAACUGUUUAUUUUGAAUUUACAGUUUAUAACAAUAAAGAAGAUCAAUGGGGAGACAAUUCAGAUAUUCAUUUUGAUAACAGUAUAGAUAAUAUCCCACAAAUAGAAGGAUUUUAUGAAAUAGUCAAUACUGUUAAAACUUAUCUUAACAAAGCUAGAUUAUUACAAGACAUGAUUAAAGUAGUAGAAGCAAAAGACAGGAAUAUUGCAGAAGAAACAUAUUUCAAAAUAAACACCUAUUCAAUGUUUGUUUUAAUAGUAAUGGUUUCGGUAAGCUUUGUGCAAAUUUUAAUGGUUAAAAGUAUUUUUGAUAAUAAUUCAAAAUUGUAUAAAUUUUUGAGUGUUGUAGAUAUAAUUAAUAAAUAAAUUACUUGUCAUUAGGUCAGUGGUCAGUAAUUAUCAUGUGCUAAUUUCACCAAAAAUAUUUUUAUGCAUUUUUACAUUCACUUAAAACCAAAUACUAGUUCAUAAAACUAACUUAGGGAAUUCAAUAAAAGAACCUUAAAAGCAAUAUUUUGAUCUCUAAAGUCUUUCAGCUCAGCUGCAUCAUUCUUGCUUCUACCAAAGAUAAUCCUACUUUGAAGUAGGACUAUCUUUGCUUCUACUAAGGAACUGAAGUUUAGUAGGUAAUUUUUGAAUAUUUUCAUGUAAAGUUUUGAAUAUUGUCUAUUUUUUAAGUAAUAAAAUCUAACUGGAAAC